AUGGGUUCCUCUCGCCACAAACAUCGUUACUUCCCCAAGGCGCCUCCUAACUUGUCAGCGACGCUCCCCCGCCAGUCUAAAUCGAAGCCCAAGAGAUAUUUUCAAAGGAGAUGGAAAAUAGCGGCGCCCUUUCAGAAAGUUCGGCAUGACUACCAACUGCCGGCGACUUACUCUCAGGAAGACCACCAAUACGUGCGGCACAAGAAGGCCCGCCGCGGUCGGUUGACUGCGGACUAUGGCCCGGAAGAUCAUUACCAGCCAGAGCCUGUACCCCCUGAUGAAGACGACAGCGAAUCAUCUCCGUGCCAGGAUGAAGAAACUAGCUCUGAUGAUGAUUCUGACCAGGGACAGACCUUACUGAGCCACGCAUAUUUUGAACAUCGUAUGCAAGAUAUAGAAGAGUCUGUAGUGACUUUAAGUACACAACUGAAAAACCUUGAUAGCAAACUUUCAACUUUCGACAACAGAUUUUCAGAUUUUGACAACAGAUUAGCGGCUUUUGGUAGCAACCUAUAUGAUAGAGUUGAGUCGUUGGCCAAAAAUAUGGAUACAUUUCCGGAACGAUUUAGCCAGACUGUAGUAAAGGCGUUCCUUGACAGGGACAUACGGGUCAUGCAGGACGGCCAAGACCGAAUGGUCCCCUCAAGGGUAGACCAAGCGGUGAAUUCUUCUGGAUUGAUAAACAACGGAGGGAACGGCAAUUGGGUUGAUGGAGGCAUUUGUUGA